GCAGCAGUGUGCCAGCCAAUUCCGUUCUGGGCGCACGACGCACCGUUGAUCUGCGCGAAAAGCCCGGGAAUUCGCUCAGCACGGGUUGACACCUGCGCAGCAUCCCUCGCACCCGAAGAUCGCAUCUAAAGUAAUGAUUAUUUCGGUCCACGGCCAUAGUUCCGCGUAUUCCCGUGGCGCUGUUACGACUACGGAUUAAUAUAUUUUACAAAUCAGUUAAAACGCAAUUUUACAUUGGUGAAAUUAUUGAAAUUAACAUUAUUUAUAACGCACUGUGUUUUGUGUUCAUUGUUUUGUUAUCUAGACUUGAGGGGUCGUCGCGUCCUGUAUCGCGAUGUCGUCCAUUUAAGAGAUAUCCAGGGACAUGUCCGAGAGGAUUGUGCUAAUUUCGUUAGUAUAGUAGGUACUUUGUUUUGUUAAAAUGUGCGCGUUUAUAUUAUUAUAUCGAUGUUGUUUGGACUGGCGGCUAUCCAUUUACGCGAGGAACGGAGACACUUAAACCUGAAAGACAAUCAUUUGCUGAGAAUGCAAUUUGUGACCACCUAAAAAGAAUCCUAAGUCCCAAUAACUCUCCCUAAUGGAUAUUGCAAGAUUAUUGAUAUUAGUCGCGAUCUAUGCGGCUGCGAAUGCUGAAGAUGACUUCGAUAAGGAUAAAAAAGCCGUGGAGGCGAAAAAAGGGCAGUCGAGGUCCGCCUUGCCCGAACCAGUGCGAGGUUCCUUCCAAAAGCUGUCGAAUCUUAUGAACAGAACGGAGGAGUUCAAAAAUCGCAGACGCGGCAAGCAGCACCUCAACAAACUAUUGCUUCUCGGUCACAGAAAUGACCAAGAAAAUAUGAUGAAUGACAAUGAAGGUUCUAUAUCGAACCAAAAACUAAAUAUAGAGAACGAGACGAAUUCUUUGACGAAGAUAAAGACUUUACGACCGUCUGGACCUACGUAUGAGGCGACAUAUAAGAACAGCUACGUGCCACAGGUUACAGGAGUGUUCUGUAAUUUCGAAAAGACUAACGGGUCGUUAGAUAUGUGUUUGUGGCAGUGGAAUCAGACGAUAUCAAGCCAUGGGUUGGGGUUCAGAGUCUUGACCUCAGCUGAUGUGGAGUAUAUGAACACAACGACGCAAGGGCUGAAAUUUUCCGCGCCCGCCAUGGACGCAGAUUUCAAUAAAGACGGGCAUUUCUUGUACUUACCAGUAGACCCUACAAUGGAGAAUAUGGUUAUCAAGUCACCCCCUUUUCGUGGUCUCCGAGAGUUUUGCAAGUUUGAAGUGAAAAUGCAUCAGAGCAAGAUGCAGAAUGCUAGCAUUCGACUUGUAUCAGAGUCAACGAUGUCUGAAGUGCAAUGGAUUCUUCAGGAAUUUGCUGGGAACAAUGUUGAAAUGUGGCAACCGAUGCGAUUUAUGAUUGGAAAAGUACAGCAAGAAGUCCGUAUUAUAAUCGAGAUAACCCGGCCGAGUUAUGUGAGCGUGUCUCAUGUACUACCACACAUUGCCAUAGACAACAUUCGUAUGGUGGAGUGCUUGCCUGAACCCCCUGUGUAUAACGGGGAGUGCCAGUUUAGACAGCUUAAAUGCAAGAUUAUGAAGAAGGAUUCAUGUAUCAAGUUGCAGCAAAUUUGUGAUCUGGUGAAAGACUGCGAUGAUGGACAGGAUGAACAUCAGAAUUGUGUCAAAAUGCCAUACGGUUCCUACUGCAACUUUGAGCAUGACACCUGUGGAUUUGAGAAUGUGCCUCAACCAAUACUAAAAUGGUCGCGACACAGCGGUCCAACGCCCACGGACAAAACGGGACCCAACUACGACCACACCUGUGGUCCACCACAACUGCUAUACACCACCAUCAGCCCCAUCAUCCCCUUAUCCCCGGCACAUAGAAACUACACAAUUUCCUCUUGUCUCGGGUAUUAUUUCUUCGUCAAUAUGAACGUGACGGGACCGAAUAAGGAGAGAGCAGAUUUCGCGUCAACGGCUGUUAUGCGGACCGUGAUUUUCAAUCCGCCACCCAAAGUGCACGGGAAUAUCACUUCAAAGUACUACAAUUGUUGUACGAUACGUUUCUAUUACCAACAAAAUGGACGUAAUUACGGCUCGUUAAGCGUAGAUGUUGUGGAAUUGACAUCUAGAGGUAACAUCACCACGUCCUUGUGGUUCUCCACUAAGGAUAAAGGAGAGAAUUGGUACAGAGCCGCUAUUUUUCUUCCAAAUAUUACUAGCAGAUACUAUUUCCUAUUUAAAACUCGUAUGGGAAUGAGAAUCUAUUCGGACUCAGCGAUAGACGACUUCUCUAUGGCACCGGAGUGUUUUGGUCUAAAUAUAAAUGCGACUGAGUUGGGAGAUUAUAAUUAUUACGAUCCCGUGUUUGAGGAGAAGACUACACCUCAUACUGACUUCACUGAUACUACUGUAUACCGCUUCUCAACGUGUGGAGCAACUGGUCGGUUAGGCCCCAACCAGACGAUGUGUGACUCGGCGUACAAGAACUCCUCUGCGUCGGUCACAGUGGUUCAUUCACCACCAUACAAUGGGAUACAGGUGUGGGAGGUGCCUAACGAAGGAUUGUAUACGAUAAUAGCAACAGGUGCCAGUGGGGGCCUAGGCUCCAUGUGGGCAGGGGUCUCUCAUGGGGCCCAAGCGAGGGGUCUCUUUGAGUUGCAUCGCUCUGAGAAGAUCUAUAUGUUGAUUGGACAACAGGGACUCAAUGCUUGCAAAAAGACAUUAUCAGCCCAAGAGGGCCACGAGUGUUCUCGCCGGGAAUCGAACGACACUUACCAGAUAUUUACCAGCAAAACCCACGAAGUUAGAAACACACACGUCAACGAUGGAGGGGGCGGCGGAGGGGGUGCUACUUAUGUGUUCUUGUUGGGCAAAAACGGUCGCCCCAUACCCCUACUAGUUGGUGGUGGGGGUGGGGGCAUAUCCGUGGGAGUAUUCCGGGAUGACAACUCGCAACAUGCCCGGGGAAGGACUAACACUACUCCCGAAUCUGGAUACAUGUACGGAACACCCGGAAGGACCUCUGGUGCUGGAGGAGGCUGGCUCAGCCGCCGUGGACCGAUCACACCGGGUUUCGAGCUCGUUCGUGGAUCAUCAUUGCAAGAAGGCGGCAUUGGCGGCCUCGCAUGCUAUGGGAAAGCUCAUGGGGGCUUUGGCGGAGGAGGAGGGGGCUGUUUGAGGGGAGGGGGUGGAGGUGGAUGGGCUGGUGGCAGCACCCAUGACGGCGUGGGUCAACACGGCGAAGGUGGUUGGUCAUACAUAGACAACGCUAGAGCUAUCAAAGAUUACAGCUCAGCUGGUGUCGCUCUACGGACUGGGCCUGGAGAGGUCCUCAUUAUCCCUGCUAUACAUGCCUGUGGCUGCAAUUACCGAUGCGUGGCAAUGAACGAGUAUAGAAGUGACGUGAAGUGCUACUGCCCUGCCUCGUGGUCUACGGACAGCAGUGAUCCAACUAAGUGCAUACUUGAGGAAGCAUGGUCCCAAGGCUGGUGGAUCCUCGUCAUCGUGCUGUGCGUCAUCGGUUUCGUCUGCAUGGUCACUGUACCCUGCGUCUGUUUACACUUGUAUAAUAAGUAUCAGCGAAAGAAAGAAGCAGAGUUACGCCAAAAGAGACUCCUUGAACAGGAAGUUCAACUACACAGAUUACGCAAUGCCCCCGGGGCAGGUGAAAAUGCCCUGGGCAUGGCCUUCAACCCUCACUAUGGAAGCGAAAGCUUUUUCCCCACGGGCAUCGACGUUAAGGGGCUGCCACAGGUCGCCCGGGAAUCACUUAAAUUAGUAAAGGCGUUAGGCCAAGGUGCUUUCGGUGAAGUGUACCAAGGUCUCUACAAACACCAACCAGGGGACACAGUAGAAAUGCCCGUUGCUGUAAAAACCCUGCCAGAACUGUCCACUAGCCAGGCGGAGUCCGAAUUCCUCAUGGAGGCAGCCAUCAUGGCCAAAUUCAACCAUCCGAACAUUGUUCAUAUUAUUGGUGUCUGUUUUGAUCGUCAUCCCAGGUUCUUAGUUCUGGAGCUGUUAGGUGGUGGAGAUCUGAAGCAGUUCCUUCGGGACAACCGUCCCAAACCCGACAGAGCCAGUGCCCUCACCAUGAAAGACCUCAUCCUCUGCUCCUCCGACAUUUGUAAGGGGUGCAAAUACUUGGAAUCUCAGAGAUUUAUACAUCGGGACAUAGCAUCUCGAAACUGUCUACUUACAUCCCGUGGACCCGGUCGUGUCUGCAAAAUUGCAGACUUCGGUAUGGCCCGGGAUAUAUACCGAGCUGAUUAUUACCGGAAAGGGGGGAAGGCAAUGCUGCCUAUAAAGUGGAUGCCUCCAGAGGCCUUUAUGGACGGAGUCUUUACACCUAAAACCGAUAUUUGGUCCUUUGGAGUUUUACUCUGGGAGAUAUUUGCACUCGGCGUGAUGCCAUAUGCGGGUUGUUGUAACAGAGAAGUGAUGCAGCUUGUCUCUGGGGGCGGAAGACUUGAUAAACCCUAUGGUUGCCACUCUGACAUAUACCGUUUGAUGUGCGAGUGUUGGAACCCAAAUCCCGACGAACGGCCAACUUUUGCGCAAAUUUAUGAUCGCCUGCAGAGGUUCUUGCAGGAUCCAGAAAUAACCGACGCACCAUUACCAAUGAUGCGGUCUCUGAUACUACACAACGAUCGCUACUUUGAUAGUCUCAACGGAAAAAGGCGCUCGUCAGCGUGUGACUACCUGGUCCCGAUGUCACCUCAGGAGCAGACUCCAGACGAUAGCUCAACGGGUCCGUUGGUUCCUCAUAGCAAAUCGCCAACGGCGACAUCCGACAGCCCCAAAAUGGAGGCUUCACCAUAUCCACCUCUACUGAAAGCAUCACAAGAAUAUGGCAACAUUCCAAUGGCAUCCAAGACCGGCGGGACCGGAAGGGGGGAGGCCUUUAUUGCUUCCGGCGCCGAGACUCGGACCAGCACAAAGUUUCUGCAGUCUAAUUCUACGGACAGGUUGCUAAGUUCAAUAGAGGGGACGUGCCUGGAUGGAGAAUCUGAGACAGAGGCAGACGACAAGCCGAUCAUCUGGGAAACAUCAUUUAUUGAAACAAACAAGCAUGCCCUUGAACACAAACCGACCAACGAUAAUGGACCUACAGUUGAUAAGCUUAUAAGCAUAACUCCGACAUCGCCAAAACCACCAGAAAAUGUACUUACAAAAGCCAUAGGAAGCAAAACCCCAGAUAAAAAUAAAAUAUUGGAGAAAAAGAAAUUAGUUACAGACAAAAUUGCCGACAAGAACAAAAUAAACUCCGAUAAGAAUUCGCUCGCUGUUGAUAAAAACAAACUCACUGCCGACAAAAACCUGCUCUUACCUGAUAAAAACAAAAAUACUCUGGCGGUCGACAAGAAAUCGGCUCCUAUUGCUUCUCCGGAUCCGCCGCGAAUCAACGCUUGGGUUAAAGACCCUCCAAAAGCAAUGGCAAAACCAAAACCGCUCUGCCUAGACGCCGCACAGUUAGAACAAAAUUUGAACGCACUUAAAAAGAAUAGUGGCUCAGUUAACCUUACAACUAUGAAUAUAGUCCCAUCAUACAUUAACGUUGUGACACCUAAUAAGUUAUCAGAAUCGAAAACCAUUCAAAUAGACCCCAAGAAAGCUGUAAUACAUGAUCUACCCUUAGAAGAUGAAGAAAAGAGCAAAUUAAAACAAUCAAGUUCGGCAGCUAGUUUAUUGAAUGGACCCCUCACUGACGUUCCAUAUGCUGACAGUGACAACACAUCAUCUAGCUCCGGCAGUAUGGCGGGAAAUGCCAUAAAUAAAAGCUGUCCAGACAUCAACGUUGUGAAUGGUAAAACCAAAAUAAAGAAACAGGGUAGCGAAGGUGACAAAGUCGCGGAUGUGGAAAUCAGCUGUUAAAUCCCAAGAUGGCCGCUUGACAGCUGCCAAUGUCAAGUGUCAGUGUCGCCGUUUUACAGACUAUUACAAUUUAUACUAGUUGUUGUAAAUAUUGAUGUUUAAAAUGCGUUUUGAUUUCGAUGAAUAUAUUUUUGUUAGACGUUGUACAAAAUGAUUUAUUAAGUAUAAUUUAAGGCUUUCAGAUGCUUUUAGUAUAAAAAUAGUUUAAUGCUCAUAUUUGCUCAAUGUUUUGCGUGAGAACAAUAAAUUUUUCUACGUG